AUGAUUUUUUAUCUUAAAAAUUUCGCUAUUAUUGAUGAUGAAUGGACUAAACUUAAGAAAGUUAAAUUAUUUCUUAAAAAAUUUAAAGAAAUAACAGUAUUAAUAUCCGGUUCAUCUUAUCCUACACUUUCAAUGAUCAUUCUUUUAUAUAAUCCUUUAAUUAAUCAUAUGGAAUAUUAUAUGUUUGAAGAUGAAAAUGUAAAUGAAGAUGAAGAUGAAAACGAAGGUGAUGAUGAAAAUGGAAGUGUAGAUGAAAAAUCAACUAUUAAAAAAGCAGCUACAAAUAGCCGGGAAAAAUUACUCCAAUACUAUAACAAGACGAAUGAUGCAUGUGUUAUUGUAACAAUUUUAGAUCCAAGGCUUAAAAUGGAGUACUAUAACAACGAAACAUGGAAUGAUGACCAGAAGAAGGAAAUUCGCGAAAAAUUUUUAAAUAUUUAUAACUCUACUUAUUCUAAUCCAAACUCAAGUUCAACUUUAAGCAAUUCUUUGAAUAAUGAAUAUAAAAAUUCAAUUACAUCAAAGGUAUUUAAACGAAAACAUACUCAAAAGAUUGAUGAAUUUCAAGUACACCUUUUAUCACCAGUUUGUGAUGAAAGCGUUGAUCCACUUCAAUGGUGGAAAGUAAACCAAACCCAGUUUCCCAGACUUUCUAAGAUGGCGAUGGAUUAUUUGGCUAUACCUUCUACCAGCGUUCCUUCAGAAGAAUGUUUUUCAAUUAGUAAAAAUUUGAUUACUGAUAAGCGUAACAAAUUGGCAGGAAAAACUAUAAAAUCCUGCAUGUGCUUAAAAUCAUGGUUUUCGAGUUCAUUAAGUGAUUUAUUUGAAUAA